AUGGCAGCUGCUGACGAGCCCAGGGCCAUGAUAGAAGCUUUUUGCAAGUGGUGCCAGGAGCAGUCUUGUGACAUGAGCCGGGUGCGCAUAGAACAAACGUCGUCAGGGUUGGGCUUGCUGGCCGCGCAGGAUAUAAUUGCUGGUGAGAUUGGUUUGUCAGUCCCGGUAGAUGCCCUGUUGACCGUCACUGCAGCUGCGAAAACGGAGAUUGGCCAGACAGUCCUUAACAGCGCCGCCGCGCGCAACAGGCGAGUCAGUGCGCAAGCGCUCAUGUACAUUGUCAUGCUGGACGGCUGGCAUAACCCAGCAAGCAAGUGGCACAGCUACUUGAGACUGAUUCCAGCUACGCACAACGAUCCUCUGUGGUGGACGGACAGUGAGCGACAAGAACGAUUAGCGGGCACCCAGCUCUUUCACGAGGCCGCACGUCACAUGGCCCAGCUCCGUGACGUCUACGACUCACUAUUCCCUGCUCUGUCUCAAGAGCUGCCCAGUGUCUUCCCUGCCGAGCGCUACACGUUUCAAGCCUUCCUUUGGGCUCGGUCCUCUCUGUCCUCGCGCUGUUUCUCCAACAAGCAGCUGGCCACUUGGCUUCACGGCGACAGUCACGAGCUUCCGGAGCUCCCAGCUCUCGAAACGGAGGAAAAAGGCUUGGUAAACGACUGUCCGGCAGCUUUAUGCCCCUUCUUGGAUAUGACGAACCACAACCCAGAGACUUGGCUGUUCAGUAUAAAAAGCCACUGA